AUGGCUGCUAAGCAACAGGGCAUUCACUUGGCCUGUCGGGAGUGUCAGAGGAAGAAGGUAAAAUGCUCUCGAACGUUCCCAUGCGUCCAAUGCACCAGGUCCGGCAUCUCGUGCAAGAUCAGUACGCGAAAGCCGCGCGCAAAGUCUGGCAAGUCCGGAGAUGCGGAACUACGUGAGCGUAUAUUCAAGCUGGAGAAGUUGGUAGAGACAUUUUCAGGCGAAGAUGGCAGAGAUACCUCUCGCAGCGGCUCAAUCUCUACACCACACAUGGAAGAAAGCAGCACUUCACUCCGACUGGACAAUAACACCACAGCCUCCCCAGCCAGUUCGACCGAUGCCACUGCACUCGAGACGAGCAAGUACGUCGCUGGUGCUUUUUGGUCAUCCUUGACUGCCGAAGUCAAAGCACUGGCCGAUGCUUUUGCCGAGAGUGGCAGUGGUGAUGAAUACACACCAGAGGACUCCCCCGAUGCAGCACAUACCUCUCCAGAUGCAUCCCAAGCAGUCACCGUGGACUUGGAGUUGAUCUUUUGCCCCCCAGGAGUACUCUAUGUAAUGCCUGGCGCAACUCUUGAGCCAGACCCUGCGCUGGCGUCCCAGCUUCUCACGGCAUACCUAGAUUAUGUCGAGCCGAUGUUCAGGUUCUUUCAUGUUCCAUCUCUGAAAGCUUUCGUGCUCUACGAUCGGCCAUAUCUUGGUCAGCCAUCCAACGCCCCAUGCAAUAGAGCAUUAAAGGCAGCGAUCUUCUUUGCUGGCAUGAAUGCCUUCUCAGAAGUGGAUUGCGUCGCUCUCGGCAAGCCGCGACGUGAGAUGAUCAACGACUAUAGACGCAUGGUCGACAUUGCCCUCUACCAGGCGGACCCGCUAAGAUCAAUGGAACUUGCUACUCUCCAAUCACUGGCCCUCUAUGUAGCGUCCAUUCGCGUGCAGGAUUCAAGUCGACGAUCAUGGUCGAUGGUCGCUUUACUAGAUCGCAUAGGACGCGCUUUGGGUAUCCACAACGAACUUCCCGGCGAGCCCAUCUAUCUCCGCGAAUUGCGGCGUCGACUCUGGUAUGGUGUAAUUCUCCUCGACUGCUACUCGUCUUACGACCGAGGAAGUGAUCCGACAAUAAUGCCGGAUACACACAACCGACCACUUCCAAGCAACGUCAACGACAGCGAUUUCGACGAGUACUCCACCUCGCUAGUCAGUCGUGUGAAUGAAAUGACAGAAAUGUCUCUAGCAUUAAUGUCACACGAUGCUGUUGCAAUAUCAUUGCGCGGCACGUCGACACUCGGCAAUGCAAAGGGCCAGACCUGGCAGCAGAAUUUACAAACCGCCUACAACUUGCAAACGUAUAUGGAGAACACCUACUUCCGCCACUGCGAUCUGUCAAAUCCGCAACACUUGAUGAUCAAGUAUGCAGGUACCUCGGCGGUAAACUCCAUCAUUCUUCGAGCCGUUCGUCCCAUGCAAAUCGACAGCGGUACUACCCCGCCGCGCGUGGAUAGUCCUUGGGUGAUGGGUCUCGCGUUGAAUAUUUUGCGCCACUCCGAAGAUCUCUGGAGGCAGAUCAAGGAAGAAUGGAGACGCAUGCCUUGGGUGCCUUGGCACGCCAUCGCUGUGGCGCUCGCUGCUCUCUGCUCUAUCCGUGGCACAGACCUUGCCAACGAGGCGUGGACGCUCGUUGACAAGGCUAUGAUUCGAUUCGCUCCGGAUGUUGCGGAUGGUGUCAAUGGAAUGCUCUGGAGACCCAUCGAGAAGCUUCACAAGAAGGCCGCCGCGUUUCGAGAUGGUAUCGAGAUGCGGCAAACUCUGCGGGCUCAGAUUACUGUCCCUGCGGUGCAUGAAAAGAUAGCGUAUCCUCCGGACCAGCAUGCCGUGGUGCAACCUCCGCUCCCUCAGAUACCCGCAGGCAACCUCAUGAUGAACGCCUCGGACCGAACAUUUGACCUUUCAGAAGACAUGCUGACAACCCUGCCGAAUGAUACGAGCUGGCUGGACUGGGAGUCGAUAAUCAAAGACAUUGACGAGAUGAAGGCGGAGGACAUGCAGUGGUUUUGA